AUGUCGUACGUGAAUAUUCCUAGGGAUCGGAAUGAUCCUAAUUACAGAUACAAAAUGCCCAAAUUAAUUUCCAAAAUAGAGGGAAGAGGUAAUGGUAUAAGAACUAAUAUAUCUAAUAUGGGUGAAAUAGCUAGAUCAUUAAAACGACCACCAAUGUAUCCGACAAAAUUUUUUGGUUGCGAAUUAGGUACUAUGGUUAAGUUUGAAGAAAAUGAAGAAAAGGCUAUUGUGAAUGGAGCACAUAAAGAAAAGGAUUUAGUAAAUAUAUUAGAUAAAUUUAUAGAGAUGUAUGUUUUAUGUCCUCAUUGUUUAUUACCUGAGACUGAUAUUGUUGUGAAGAAAGGUAUUCUAAUUUGUAAAUGUAAUGCUUGUGGUAAUAUUGGCGAACUUAAUAAUUCACAUAAAAUAGCAACGUAUAUGAUAAAAAAUCCUCCAAUGAUUAGUACUGUUGGUAGUAAGAAAAAGAAGACAAAAGAAAAGAAAGUUGAAAAAAGUACUAAAGGUAAAAGUGACAAGACAGAUAAAAAUGAAGAGAAUAAUAGAAACGGUGUAAUUAAUUCAGAUGAUGAAGAAAAUGAUGAUUCAGAUGAUUUAUUAGAUUCAGAUAAAAGUAUAUCUAAUGGAAAAAAAGAAAAUAAAAAAAAUAAAAAAAAAGAUAAUUCAUCAAGUAAUAAUAAUAAUAGUAAUAAUAAUAAUAAUAGUAGUAAUAGUAAGAAGAAAAAAGAAGAAGAAAAUUUUGUUUUAGAAAAAGAAUGUCUACAUUUUGGUAGUCCAGAAAUUAAAGAAGUUAUCGAAAGAAUGAAAACUAUAUUUAAAGAAUCUACACAAAUGAAUGAUAUCCAAUAUGCUGAAGAACUUAGAGUAUUACAAGUAUCUCAAUGUUUCGAUUCCAAAUGUAGAGUUUUUAUCUGUUUAUGUUCUUUAUUUGAAGAUAAAAUAAGUAAAGAAUUAUUAGAAAAAAAUAUCAAAUAUAUAAAAAAAAUUAAUGAUACUUCAGUUACAACUACAGAUAUAUUUUUGGCCUUAGAGUAUUAUGUAAAUAAUAUUGCACCUAAUUCUUUGAGUAUUUAUCCUUAUAUAUUACAAGUUUUGUAUAAUAAUGAUAUAUUUGAAAGUAAAGAUAUAAUCAAAAGAUACGAUGACGACGACGACGGAAAAAAUGAAAACAACAAUAAUAAUAAAAGUACUAAUAGUAAUAAUAUUAAUAGUAAUAAUAUAACUACUAGUAAUAAUAAUAGUAAUAGUAAUAAUUCCACAAAUGAUUCAUUAAAAACAGAAAAAUUAUUAAAUAACCAUGUUAAUAAUAAAGAUGAUAAUAAUACUGUAAACGCACAAAUACAUUUUGAUAAAUGUAAAUCUAUGGCUAAACAUUUUGUCAGUUGGUUAAAGGAUAACGAUUCAGAUUCUGAAGAAAGUGAUGAGGAAGAAGAGGAAAAUAUACCUAAUAAUACUAUAAAUAAUAAUAUGGGUAAUUUAAAAGUUAAAUCUCUAAGAAUUAACGAUGGAAACUUAAAAAGAGAACAUCAAAGUCUUUUCUCAAAUGAUUAUGAAAGAGUUUUUGUAGAUUCAAAAAGUGAAAAAUGCGAUGAUGAUAUAUUUUUAGAUGCAAAAGAUGGAAAUGUAUAUACAGGUGAUGAAGAAGAAGAAAUUGAUAUAGACGCUAUAUAA